GCACAUGGCCAUGGAGGCUAUGAUUCUGAUUUUAGUGAUGAGGAGAAUGGAGAGAAGCCUGUGCAAAAGACUAAGAGUGUAAAGGAAGAUGGCCUUCUGAUAAAGCCAUUCCAAAAAGCAAAACAAGGCAGUGUCGUUCACAGACAAUUUGCAGCUGAAGAAUGGGAUAGGGAAGAAGCAAGAAAAAGAAGAUUUCACUUGAUAGCAAUGGAUGCUUAUGAAAGACAUAAGAAGUUUGUGAAGGACUACAUUUUAUACUAUGGUGGCAAAAUAGAGGAUUUCCGACGUUCUGGAGCAAACGACAAGACGGAUCUUGACGUUAUUAGAGAAAACCAUAGAUUCCUGUGGAACGAAGAUGAUGAAGCAGACAUGAAUUGGGAGAAGAGGCUUGCAAAGAAGUAUUAUGAUAAAUUGUUCAAAGAAUACUGUAUAGCAGAUCUCAGUAGAUACAAAGAGAAUAAGUUUGGAUUUAGAUGGCGACACGAAAAAGAAGUAAUUUCAGGAAAAGGUCAGUUUUCCUGUGGAAAUAAGCACUGUGAUGAGAGAGAAGGCCUGAAGAGCUGGGAGGUGAAUUUUGGUUACGUUGAACAUGGUGAAAAGAGGAAUGCACUUGUGAAAUUGAGACUAUGUCCAGAAUGUUCCUACAAACUAAACUUUCAUCACCGGCGGAAAGAAGUCAAAGCACACAAGAAAAGAGGCACAGCUGUACUGAACUCUAAAGAACCAAAAAUUAAGAAGGCAAAGCUAUCUUGUUCAGCAAAAAAGAAGUCCAAAAAAAAGACCCAUAAAGAUCAGGUUUCUUCAGAAGAUUCAGAUAAUUCUGAUAAAGAUUCAGGUAACAGUGAUGCACAAGAUGGUCCUUCAGAUGCUGACUUUUGGAAAGGUCCUCUACAAGAUACAGAUGAAAAAUCACGGGAGGAGGAGUUCGAUGAGUAUUUUCAAGACUUGUUUCUCUGA